CAUAGGGCUGAAGAAGAUGCAGAGCAGCCUGAAGCUGGUGGACUGCAUCGUCGAGGUCCAUGAUGCCCGGAUCCCGCUUUCGGGCCGCAACCCUCUGUUUCAGGAAACCCUCGGGAUUAAGCCUCACUUGUUCGUCCUCAACAAAAUGGACUUGGCGGAUCUGAAGGAGAAGCAGAAAAUUAUACGACACUUGGAAAGAGAAGGCCUAAAAAAUGUCAUUUUUACCAACUGUAUCAAGGAUGAAAACAUCAAGCAGGUCAUCCCGAAGGUCACGGAAUUGAUUGGAAACAGCUACCGCUACCACCGAGGAGAGAAUGUGGAGUUCUGCAUCAUGGUGAUUGGCGUCCCCAACGUGGGCAAGUCCUCACUCAUCAACUCGCUCAGGAGACAGCACCUCAGGAAAGGAAAAGCCACCAGGGUGGGCAGUGAGCCUGGGAUCACUAGAGCUGUGAUGUCCAAAAUUCAGGUGAGUGAGCGGCCGCUGAUGUUCCUGCUGGACACUCCUGGAGUGCUGGCUCCUCGGAUUGAGAGCGUGGAGACGGGCCUAAAGCUGGCCCUAUGUGGAACCGUGUUGGACCACCUGGUUGGGGAGGAGACUCUGGCCGACUACCUUCUCUACACCCUCAACAGGCACCAGCUCUUUGGGUACGUGCAGCACUAUGGCCUGGGCGAGGCCUGCGAUGACGUGGCAAGUGUGCUGAAGCGUGUGGCCAUAAAGCUGGGGAAGACGCAGAAGGUGAAGGUGCUCACGGGCACAGGCAACGUGAACGUCAUCCAGCCCAACUACUCUGCAGCAGCCCGUGACUUCCUCCGGGCCUUCCGCAGUGGGCUGCUGGGCCCCGUGAUGCUGGACCGGGACGUCCUGCAGAGCUUCCCCCCCACAGACCCCAGCCAGGCUCCAGGCCCCCGCGACAUGUAGUGUCCCAGACCUUCAUGCCUGGGUUUUGACACUCAGGGCUUCCUCUUCCGAAAGCUCUAUGCCAGUCACUACACUAAGGUCUCUGCUCCAGGAAGGGGCUGUGCCCUCCUGCUGCUCCACAGCCAGGCCAGCUCCUGGUUCCAGGGGACAGUGCCUGGGGUGUGGACGUCAGGCACCAACGUCCCUGGGCAGUCCUGCGUGCCUGGCCUGGCGAGGACAUUCGUUCCUGCUCACUUCUCGUAUGGAGAAGCAGACAUUGUCCCGGAAGGAGUGAAGCUAUAAUCUAAUUUAAGUGUUUUAAACUAAAA